GUUACGCAAUCCCUUCUUACACAAUUCGAGCAGUCGCCCAGAAUUCUUUUUGUAAUUGCACAAAAGGAAACUUUCCAACUCUGCUACAGUUUUCUCUAAAUCGUGUUUUAUCUGUAGAUGUUUAAAUAUAUGGUCGCUCUAGCGUCGUCAACUGUUAAUCGAUCUACUUAGGUUUGCUAAUAGCGAUAAUUCCUAAAAUACUGGACCCGAUUUUCUGCGUUUACAUAUUUUUACAUUUUUGCUCUGGCCAAGGAUCAAUGUACAAAGAUCCGAUUGGUUGUCCAAAAAGAUGAAGAUAAGUUGGUCUGCAUAUGAUACAUUUGAGGCUAAUUUCAAGCCUUUGGUGGUGGUUGAACUUGCACAAAAUACCAAAGAUGAAACCAAAGAGUGGCUGAUGCAGAAGAUUGUAGGGAAGAAGAAGAAUGGAGGAGCCCAACUUUUAGUUAAACCUUUGGUGGAGGAAGGAAAAGAGAUUGAAGGAAGCAAGAACAUAUAUCUUGUUGGAGCAUCUUAUUUAAGGCUGCUUCUAGGAGCUGAAACUGUAGGGUUGGUUAAAGAAUGUAAUGAUAAUACAAUGAGAGCAUUUACAUACACAUCUAGAAAAAAUUUUAAAGAUUUUGCAGAGGAUAAUCAUGAUUUUCUUACAAUGGCAGAAUGUCAAUACAUUGUCAAACAUGAACUUGAAAAUUUAAGAGCUAAAAAUGAAAAGAUGAUCCCUGGCUAUCCUCAGGCAAAGCUUUAUCCAGGAAAGUCAAUUAUGCGAAGGCUAACAACUAAUGGCAUUCUACUUCAGGUUUUUCCACUUCAUGACCCAGACCAUUUAAAAAAACUUGGGCAGAUAUGGUAUGAACAAUUAAAAAUUAGAUACCAACCUUUAGAUGAAAUUCGCUGUUAUUUUGGUGAAACACUUGCUUUCUAUUUUGCCUUUUUGGAAUAUAUCACAUUUGCUUUAAUUCCAAUGGCAGUCAUUGGGAUCCCUUAUUAUGUUUUUGAUUGGGAAGAUUAUGACAAGUAUGUGCUAUUUGCAGCAUUCAAUCUGCUGUGGUCUACUGUUAUCCUUGAACUCUGGAAACGAUCUUGUGCUGUUAUGGCUUACAGAUGGGGAACACUAAUGAUGAAGCGACAAUUUGAAGAACCAAGACCAGGAUUUCAUGGGGUUUUAGGUAUCAAUCCUGUCACUGGCAGAGAGGAACCAAUAUAUUCCAGUUUCAAAAGACAAUUACGGAUUUAUUUUGUUUCAGUUCCAUUUGUGUGCCUUUGUCUCUGCUUUUCACUUCAAAUAAUGAUGAUUUAUUUUGACUUGGAAUUCCAAGCACGUUUAUAUUAUGAAGAGAACCAAAAUGAAUUAAGCGCCUUGAUAGUAUACAUGCCUAGCAUAAUUUAUGCUGUUGUGAUUGAAAUUCUAAAUCGAAUUUAUAGAUAUGCUGCAGAAUUCUUGACCUCAUGGGAAAACCAUAGAUUGGAGUCUUCAUAUCAGAAUCACUUAAUUUUGAAAGUCUUGGUGUUCAACUUCCUAAACUGUUUUGCCUCAUUAUUCUACAUUGCAUUUAUCUUAGUUGAUGUGAAACUUCUGAGACAGAGCUUGGCAACUUUACUAAUAACUUCACAAGUCCUUAAUCAGUUUGUGGAAGCUGCGCUGCCUUAUUGGCUCCAAAAGAGAAGGAAUAAAACAGUAGAGAAAAAGGUGAAAGCACUGCAGAUAGAUACUGACAUGUCUUUAUUUGAACAAGUUAAUCUGGAAAGAGGAAUGGAUACUUACUUGGGUACUUUUGAUGAUUAUUUGGAGUUGUUCUUACAGUUUGGUUAUGUGAGCCUUUUUUCGUGCGUUUACCCUUUGGCUGCUAUUUUUGCUGUGCUAAACAACAUCACUGAGAUGUAUUCCGAUGCCUUAAAAAUGUGCAGUGUUUUUAAACGCCCAUUUUCAGAGCCUGCUGCAAAUAUAGGUGUAUGGCAGAUGGCUUUUCAAACUAUGACUGUAAUCUCAGUUAUUACAAACUGUAUCCUAAUUGGCAUGUCACCACAAGUAAAUGCACUCUUCCCAGAUUCAAAAUCUGAACUUAUCAUAAUUGUAGUGUUGGCAGAGCAUUUAGCCCUAGCAGUGAAGUUCCUUAUGUCCUAUGUGAUAGCUGACAAACCCCGUGAUAUUCAGAUAAAAUUGGCAAGGCUAGAAUUUGAAUCUUUGGAAGCACUGAAACAGCAGGUAAGGACUCUGAUACAGCAAAUCAAAUUGGCUGCAGAGUCUCUAAAAGAAUCCUAGGAUGAUAAACUGAACAGUUGCAGAAAUGUAUUCCAUGCUCUAUUCUAUUCUAUACAUUAUUAAGAACAAGAAAUACAGUGUACUUUCAUAUGAUUUCAAACUGUGAUAUUAAGGAUUUUAUCUUUAUUCAUCAUAAAAAUUUCAAUGUAAUUGUUUGGCAUAGUACAAUAUACUUGAUAGAAACUGAUUAAAGCCAUUCUUAAAUUUUGUUAGAACUCAUAAUCAUUACUCUGCUUUGCAUUUUUUAAAGAUACAUGCUAAUUUAGUAAGCAUAACCAUAAAUAUGAACAUUUGGAAUGUAACAGCAAUAUAUAGAUAUAUAAAUAUAUAAAUUCAUAUUCCUGUGGCAUCUUCAGGUUAAGAAUAUUUUGUCACUUUUUGUAGAAGGCUUACUGUACACUCUGCAUUGAAGAAGGAAGUAAAACACAUAAAUUUAAAAUUAGGGUCCUUUCUUACAGAGUAAGAAUGCUUUGUGUCAAAAUAUGUACUAUAAAAUAUAUGCUGUUUUAACUUGAAUGAUU